AUGAUAUCGGGAAGCGCAGACAGAUGGCAGGUCCUCAAGAACUCGCCCAGGUACAGACCAUCAACUUCCGAGAUGGUCAUUGAGGGCCUGGAUAUUUUAACCCUAAAAGAUCCAAGGUCUCAGAGCCUCGUAAAGGAUAUGAUGCCUAACCGAAGUGAAAGUGCACCCCCGAGCAUGGAAGGUUCUUUGGUGGCAAUGGAGAAUAUUGUUUCCCAUCGAAAAAUAAAUUUCAGCUUUUAUCCUGACUCUGCACCUCCAAGCAUAUAUGAUGUUUAUGGUGAAAAUGUGAAGUUAUCAAGGAACAAACUUCCUGCUCAUGAGGAAGAGCCCGAGGAUGAUCAAUCGUGUUAUCACAGCUCUAUUGUGCCUGUGGAAAAGUCAGGUUUCUCGGGUUAUCACAGUCGUUCAUUGGACUCAAUGAAGGACACAACCCAGAGGACAUCACCAGUGGGGCUACCUGUACACCAAAGAGAUCCUGACUACAGUCCCUCAACUGGAGGUGCUGGUAAUGUAGAUUCUGCUCAUACCCAGCCUACAACGAGUGCCAAUGCAUGUAGUGAUUCAAAUUUAAACUCCCAAAACCUUCAUACCAAAGAGCUACUUGCCCAGAAAAAUAAUGAGCUGCACCAACGAGCUCCACCACAAGAUUUCAGUACUUCUCGAGUUCAAGAUUCUUCCUCUCAGAUCAUUUAUCCAGCAAUAACCGAUGCGUACAGUAGCUCAAACCAGCUCCAUCAUAUUCCUUCAAACAUUUCAAUGCCUUAUUUGACUCCACACAGCCCGCUUUACCAUAAUGUUCCGCAAACUGGCUUCUUUGUUCUACAAUAUGGCUCCGGUGGAUACAAUUUGAACUCGACCAUUUUUCCCUCGUAUUUAGCCGGAUAUCCACACCAGGGUGGUGCUUUCCCUGUUGCAUUCAAUGGUGCACCUUUUUAUGGUCGGGUAGGAGUUCCUUUACAGCCUCCAUUUCAUGUGCAGUACUUCCAACCUCCUUUACGAGAUCCCUAUGGCUCGUAUAGUCAUUUCCAUUAUCAAGCACCAAGAGAUGGUGCGAAUCAAAUGGGCUGUUAUGACCCGAAAAAGGAAUCUCAGCAGUUGUCUGGCUCGGGCUACUAUGGAAGAGGGAAUGCUUCUGGUCACUACUAUGGAAGCCCGACUCAUGUUGGCCCUUUAGGUCAGUUUCCUGAUGCAUCUGUUGUUCAUCCAGCCGUGCAACCUAAAAUGGCAGCAGUAGCUAACACGAGUCUUUCUCACUCUUCUGGUGGUAACCCCAGUAAAAUUAGUGGUCAAAGUCAGACCUGGAAAGAUGCGAAAUUGAAUUAUUUUCUUGAAGAGCUGAAAUCUGGUACCUGCCAAAAAUUGGAGCUGUCUGAUAUAAAAGGAUAUAUUGUUGAAUUCAGUGUUGAUCAACAUGGAAGUAGAUUCAUUCAGCAGAAGCUAUUGAUGUGCAGUCUUGAAGAGAAAGCAUCCGUUUUCAAGGAAGUCGUCCCUCAUGCUUCCAAACUAAUAACCGAUGUAUUUGGGAACUAUGUUGUUCAGAAGCUUUUUGAACACGGGAAUUCAGAGGAAAGGAUGAACCUUGCAGAUCAACUGAAAGGUCAAAUCCUGCCUUUGAGUUUGCAGAUGUAUGGAUGUCGUGUAAUACAGAAGGCUCUUGACGUUAUUAAUUUGGAGCAAAAGACAAGGCUUGUACAAGAGCUUGACGGACAUGUAUUGAGAUGUGUUCGUGAUCAAAACGGUAAUCAUGUUAUACAGAAGUGCAUCGAGAGUAUUCCCCUAGAUAAUAUUCAUUUCAUGGUUUCUUCUUUUCGUGGGCAAGUUGCCUCACUCUCAAUGCACCCUUAUGGCUGCCGUGUCAUACAGAGGUUCCUGGAGCAUUGUAGUGACAAUGUACAAACAAAAUUCAUAUUCAACGAGAUUUUGGACUCAGUUUGCUCACUCGCUCAAGACCAAUAUGGCAAUUAUGUUACACAGCAUGCUUUGGAAAGGGGAAAGCCUCAUGAAAGGAGUCGAAUCAUUGAGAAAUUAGUUGGAUCUAUUGUGCAACUGAGCCAACACAAAUUCUCAUCAAAUGUUGUCGAAAAAUGUGUGGAGUAUAGUGAUUCUGAUGCAAGAGAAAUGCUGAUAAAGGAAAUUAUAGGGGAUGGCAACAAGAAUGAUAAUUUAUUG